GGUGGUUUUAAAGCCAUGACGGCUAUCCCACAAUCCAUCUCCAUGCGCCAUCUUUGUAUUAUUUCUAAUUUAUUUUAUGUCAAGCCAUUGAUGAAGAUAUUUUCUCUGGAGUCUCCUUCUUCCCGCUCCCGAUGUGACCGAGCAUGUCUCGCCGCAAGCAGGGCAACCCUCAGCACUUGAGCAAACGGGAAUUUUCACCUGAUUCCCUCGAAGCCAUUCUCACAGAUGAAGAAGAGGCACAUGGCACCUUGGCAGCUCCUGAGGGUGACCACGACCUCCUUACCUGUGGCCAGUGUCAGAUGAAUUUCCCACUGGGGGACAUUCUAAUCUUUAUUGAGCACAAAAGGAAGCAAUGCAAUGGCAGCCUCUGUCUGGACAAAGCUGGAGAUAAGCCACCGUCGCCGACACACAGUGAACUCAAAAAGGCAUCCACACCUGUUGAGGUUGGCAUCCAGGUCACUCCAGACGAUGACGAUUGUCUAUCUACAUCAUCCAAGGGAGUUUGCCCCAAACAGGAAAGCACAGCAACAGGGAAGGAUGAGCCGAGCAGUUACACUUGCACAACUUGCAAACAGCCAUUCAACAGCGCCUGGUUUCUCCUCCAACAUGCCCAGAACACACAUGGAUUCCGAAUUUAUUUGGAGACUGAGCAUGGAAGUCCCUUGACCCCACGGGUUGGUAUUCCUUCAGGACUUGGGGCAGAUUGCGGCCCUCAACCGCCACUUCAUGGACUUCAUGUAGCAGAUAGCAGUCCUUUCAACCUGCUGAGAAUGGCUGGGCCUGUCUCUAGGGAAACGCCAGGGCUUGUAGAAGGCCGAUUUCCUCCCACGCCUCCGUUGUUUAGCCCUCCACCCCGCCAUCAUCUAGACCAUCGGAUGGAUCGGCUGAGCGCUGAGGAGAUGGCCAUGGCGGCCGCACAUCAUAACAGUGCCUUUGACAGGGUACUGCGUUUUAAUUCCAUACCUAUGGAGCCACCAUCAAUGGAUUUCUCAAGGAGACUUAGGGAAUUAGCUGGCAACACCUCCACUCCCCCAUUGUCACCGAGUCGGCCUAGUCCCAUGCAGAGGCUACUGCAACCAUUCCAGUCAAGCAACAAAUCGCCAUUUCUUAGCACACCGCCCCUUCCUCCCCUCCAGUCCGCAGCACCACCAGCCCAGAGUGUGCUCAAGUCCAAGUCCUGUGAAUUCUGUGGGAAAACCUUUAAGUUUCAGAGCAACUUGAUAGUGCACCGUCGAAGCCACACUGGUGAGAAACCAUACAAGUGCCAUUUAUGUGACCACGCCUGCACUCAGGCCAGCAAGUUAAAGAGACACAUGAAAACACACUUGCACAAGACAUCGCCCAUGACCAUCAAGUCAGAUGAUGGCCUCUCCACUGCCAGCUCUCCUGAACCCGGUACUAGUGAUCUGGUGGGCAGCGCCAGCAGUGCCCUCAAGUCCGUGGUAGCCAAGUACAAGAGUGAAACAGAUGCCAAUAUGAUUCCAGAAAAUGGGGAGGAAGAAGAGGAAGAGGAGGAGGAGGAAGAAGAGGAGGAGGAGGAGGAGGAGGAAGAGGAGGAUCCUGAGAAUGAAAAUAGGUCCGAAUUUGCCUUUGGUGUCAGUCUCGAGAGUGUGCGUCACCAUGAGAACAGCUCGCGGCCUGUGGAAGAGAAGAGCUCUCUACCUGAAGUGAUGCACAGCAUUGCCAUGACUACCAUGCAGCACUACGGUGAGGCAUUCCAUCAAGUCCUUGUGGAAAAACACAAGCGGACUCAUCACUCCUCUGAGGUAGAGGUUCACAGAGACACUUAUGAUGAAGAUUCGGUCGCUGGCGAAUCUGAUCGCACAGAUGAUGGUACAGUCAAUGGAAGAGGUUCCUCACCAGGUGAAUCGGCCUCUGGGGGCAUAUCGAAAAAGCCUAUAUUGGGCAGCCCGACCUCCCUCAGCCCUUUUUCCAAACGCAUUAAGCUUGAAAAAGACUUUGACCUACCCUCAGCACCUUUGGCUCCCACAGAUAACGUUUACUCACAGUGGCUUGCUGGUUAUGCCGCCUCAAGGCAGCUGAAAGACCCAUUCCUCAGCUUUGGAGACUCCAGACAAUCCCCUUUCGCAACUUCAUCUGAGCACUCUUCAGAAAAUGGAAGUUUACGCUUUUCCACUCCUCCGGGAGAGAUGGACGGUGGGAUCUCAGGUCGGAGUGGUACGGGAAGUGGCGGCAGCACGCCCCACAUCACCGGGCCUGGCCCGGGACGGCCCAGCUCCAAGGAGGGCAAGCGGAGUGACACGUGUGAAUUUUGUGGCAAAAUCUUCAAGAAUUGCAGCAAUCUCACGGUCCACCGGAGAAGUCACACGGGCGAGAGACCGUACAAAUGUGACCUGUGCAACUACGCCUGUGCCCAGAGUAGCAAGCUCACACGACACAUGAAAACGCACGGUCAGGUGAGGUAUUACGGCUAUUAUCUGUCUCAAUUACAGCCACAGUGAAGCCCAGCUGGACAGGCUGGUGGACAGAGCCACUGGAGUAAAACAGACACUGGUCACCUCACCCAUUCAGCAAGGUGAGCCUGGAGCACUGCCAACACCAGUCCAACUGAUGGAAGCCACACGGACAUUCUCCCUUUUGAAGGGAAAACACCGUAAAUGUAAUUUUUUUCUAAAGCUAGUGCUUGAAAAUUAUGAAAUUCUUAACGUAAAACAUUUAAAUAUUUGAUAUAAAGACGCUCUCUGGUAAGGCACUUUUUUUCCUUAGAAUUCUGUGCAAAGCACUAUUUCUUUUCUAUAGAAUUUUCAUAUGUAACACUUGAAGCUGUGCAAUGCAGUACGACAUUUCCACUAGUCAGUAGUUAGAAUUCCAUUAAAAUAUUCCCGGAGGAAAUCUCGAUUAAUAAUCUAUAGGAUCCUGUGGGAAUUUUGGAGGAUUUUUAUUGCCUUAUAGGAUUUAAUAGGAUUCUGUAGGAUAUUCGGAUUCCUAUGGAGAUUUUAGUAUGGGACUGCACUGGAAUGGCUAGAAGGAAAUUAACGCAGGAAGAUACAGGAAAGCCUGAUGUCUGAGAGCAAUUUUAAUUGAACUCAAGUGUCAGAUCAAUGAAAACAAAUAAAGACAUUCCACAUAAACAGGAUCAUUCGUUUAUAUAGGGUGAAAGGUUAAAUUGGAAUCAGUGUCAAAUAUAUAUGUAUUUAAAAAAGACAAAGACCAUUCCCCACCCAAAACCUUAAAAGGCCAUGUUUGAUCUGCUGGAGGAGGGGAAAGGUGAGCACUUCUGGCAACUGCUGAGAGCAGCUUAGUUUUUAUAGGAUAAAGUCACGAUUCAAAUUGCUAUUGAAAUGAUUGCCGUGCACUCACACCUGUCACCCUUCUGAACACUGCCAAGAAAGUCUGGUUUCUUUUUUUACCUUUUUGGGUAUUUUCGACUUGCCCGGCCGGUAGGAAAUGACCGACCGCUCAUUUCCCAUUCUUCUUAAUUGGCCCCUUUAGGAUUGCGGUUGGGUCACCGUGACCUUCUUGCUGGCCGCCCCUCAAGCUUUUACAGUCUUCUUGAUAACGUGACAGAUUAUUCCCUUUUCUUUGAACAAAAUGUAACGAAUGCAUUGAGGGAUGUCGAUGAGAAUGUCUCCUCAUCGCAACCACUUUAGAAAUGAAUCGAACCAUUGCAUAAGACUAUGAUUGUUUGAAUGCCUGUCUGUUUUUUUUUUCUGUGGCUACUUCUGUUCAUUUCUUUGACUGUAAAUUAUUGAAACAUUUGGUCUUGACGACAUCACGAAGCGCAGUGUUUUGGAGUAUUUACUGAUUCUGACUGUGAUGGCAGACACAAUUAAUAUCAGUUGAUGGCAUCAUUAGAGCGGUGUACUUCACUCCCAGCUGCCUGUGUUGUUUCAUUCCAGCAGAACCGUUAGGAUGGGUAACUCCUCCGUGCUGUUCCCCCGAUGAUGGUAUCAGUCUGCACUAUCUAAACGUUAAAAAAAAAAUUAAUAAAGGAUUAAUAAGGAAUGUCCAAAUCAAUCAGAUUGUAUUUAUCUGAGAAAGGGAUCCUGGCAGUAAGAUUCCAUUCAUUGCAUUAUUGGCAAAACUGCUAUUCCAUGCAUCCUUCAAGAGAAUGUUUGUGAAUUACUUUUACUGUCCCCGUUAUUCAGUCUGGUUUGCAUCUCUGCAUUUUGCCUUGCACCGUGCCAAGCGACUGACAUGGCAAGUGGUCUAUCUCCAUUCAUUCCACUGUCACUGGUCAGUAAGAAGGUUAUUAUUCCAUGUGCUUAGAGGGUCUAAUCUGCUCAAGUUCCUUCCCUUGUUCUGGGGACUGCACCUUCCCUUCACUGCCUGCCACUAGUCAAGUGAAGUUUCCCCCGGAAUGGCCUUCCAUCCUUACCACUCAGCGGGCAAUGCAGUACCAUAGUACUCAUUUCAACAUAAAUUGCCUGAUGCAAUUUUCCCCUUUGCAGUGAGGUAAAUGUGGUUGAAUCCUGCUACAUCAAGUCUACUCCGCCAUUCAAUCAUGGCUGAUCUAUCUCUCCCUCCCAACCCCAUUCUCCUGCCUUCUCCCCAGACACCUGCACUAAUCAAGAAUCUAUCUAUCUCUGCCUUAAAUAUAUCCGCUGACUUGGCCUCCGCAGCCUUCUGUGGCAAAGAAUUCCACAGAUUCACCACCCUCUGACUGAAGACAUUCCUCCUCAUCUCCUUCCUGAAAGAACGUCCUUUAAUUCUGAGGCUAGUCCUAGACUCUCCCACUAGUGGAAACAUCCUCUCCACAUCCACUCUAUCCAAGCCUUUCACUAUUCUGUACCUUUCAAUGAGGUCCCCCCCCCUCAUUCUUCCAAACUCCAGCGAGUACAGGCCCAGUGCUGUCAAACGCUCAUCAUAGGUUUUGACCUACUCAUUCCUGGGAUCAUUCUUGUAAACCUCCUUUGGACCCUCUCCAGAGCAAGCACAUGGAGUACCAUAGUAGAUGCCAAUCAAUGCUCAUUUCAACAUAAAUUGCCCGAUGCAUUUUUUCCCUUUGCAGUAAGAUAAAUGCCGUUGAAUCCUGGUCUGUGCAAUGUAUUUAGAUGUACAGCAAAGUCAAAGUCGGCCGUGACAGGUCUAACUGCACUAUUACUGACGGUUAAAACCGGAACAAAUUCCAUCUAUCGGGAAUAUGCUGGUCUCAAGGUUGCAUCUGUAUGGAUUCUUCUGUAUGUACAGAUUUUUUAGUUUUAGGAGAUGUCACUGGAAUUGGCAGCUCAUUAACUGAGAAUGACAUAUUCUGUUACUGUAGCAGAAUGGAAAGGACACUGCUUACAGCAUGCUCUGGUAUUGCUGCUGUUGCUAUGAUCGUAAGUUCAGUUAAAUUCCGUUCAAAUCCCUUGUUUCAUGUCCUAAGUGUAAAAACAAAAAUUUUUUCCUCCUUUUUCAAAGGGUCAUAGAAAUAAACUUGCAACAACGCAGGUUUUAAAAAAAAAAAUCAUAAUUCUUUAAUCUUUCUGAACAAUCAUUUAAGCUUGUUAUGAGAAUACUAAGCACCUUGUCAACCUUCUACAGUGCUGUAACCAGACAUUGUAAUGACAGUGUAUAUAUGCUGCUAUCAAAUGUAUUCUAUUUCAGCGAGUCACCAUGGAUUCAGAAACAUGUAUUUUGUAUUCCUUUCAAUAAAUUUUUUUGCUGUA